UUGGUGAACCCCGGUUUGAACAGUUACAGCCACGGCCGCUAAGGAAUUAGUUUGAUGUCUAUAGCUACAGAAAAAACAAAAUGGCAGCCAAAGCAUUGCCGGUGCAUGCAAAACCUUCUCGAUUUGCUUUGCUAAAAAUCGAAGAUGAUGAGGAUGAUGACAAUGCUACAAGCUGCCAGCCUAAUGAGAAAGAAUAUGGCAAAGGAAACCAGCAAGCUGGGGCUUCAAAAAAGAAGAAAAAGAAGCGAAAGGGCGAGGGAAGCCAGUCGGAAAAUGCAGAGCUUCGAAAUCUUGCAUUUGGUGGCAACAAACCCAAAUCAGCAAAAAGCAACCAACAACAAAACCAACAUGGGCCGCCAACUGCUGAACAGUGGGAACUAUGGAAGAAGACGGAUAGUGAGUUCACCAGCGAGACGUAUGAAAAAGAUCUGCAGGAAGCCCUACUUCAGAGCAAACUGGAGUUUGAAAAGGAAAAAUUGGAGAGUUCCAAAACAGGAAACGAUGUAGACAGUGGACCCCACUCUCGUGGAGACAGGAAAAAAAAGAAGCAAAAAGAUAAGCCAGCGACAAUGAGUCUUGAGGAAUUUAAACUUCAUGAAGAAUCGAAAUCAGAAGAAGUGGGAAAAUCAAGGUCUCAAGGUUUUGAAGAACCAAAAACACGAAUUGCUGCUGAGGAUGGUGAUACAAAAUUCUUUAACACCGUUGACUCUGAUGCUUCAAAAAUAAUCUUAAAAGAAAAAAUACAGGCUGAGUAUACGAAGCAAUACAUAGCUGAAAAUGCAAGGGCAGUGCACUACGAAAAAGAGAUCAGCAAAAAGGAUUAGGAGCUAGUGAUGCUGAGAGCGACAAUGAAAAAUAUGGAUGAAGAAUUGAAAGAGGUGAAGAAGAGGAAUAAGCAAUUAUGCCAUAUCCUAGCACAGGGAGAAAUGAGAGACAAAGCAGAAGUUUUGAUGACUGUUGAACAGCUGACUCAAGUCAAAGAUGAACUCACAGAACAGGUUAUAGAUUUAAUGGCUGAACUUGAGAGGGAGAGAUCCAAAGUCCAUGCAUUAAAGCACGAGUUGGAGAAAUAUGAGAAGCUCCAUGAUAAACAUGAAAAACCAGAAAGUAGUGCAAGUAAAGGCAAGCAACAUGGAUCUGGGAAACACAGGUGAUAUCCCAACAGAUGAACUAUGGAACAGUCAGAUGGAGCCCAGAAAGCUUUUUAAUCUGUUAAUAGGAGUAUCUUGUGAAAAUUGGGAGUUUAAACCUUUCUCCUCUGGCGAUAUGAGAUCUAAUGGGUUUAAAGUAAUCUGUGAUAUUCACAACUUCAUUACAAUCUUAUAUCUGCCUAUCAUCAAAAUCAUUUUCACUUCUUUGUAUUAGUACUUCUGGCAGACGAUGACGAUCGCUGCAAACUUUGUUGAGGUCACAAUUGUCGUGUUGAUUCAUUGUCAACGGUCAUGUGGUGGUGAGUCCCCAAAUCCCAUCCCCGAACAGACCCUGUAGCGUUUAGAGUUUAUUAAAAUGUUUAUUACGUCAUCUCAUCAAUGACAAUGCCAAACUUGGUAUUCUUCAGACCAUUUUUUUCUUCUUCCAUUUAAUGUGCUUGUGUUGCAAAGUGGACAUUUGACCAUUGGCUUUAGAUUUUGAUAUACCUGUGGCUGGCUGUGGUUCCUGCUUUCAUAUCAAAGGUACAUGUACAGUAGAACCUAUCUGAAAUACACCCUUGGGGCUGUAAAUGCUCUCUUUAUAGAGACCUCCGGAGAACAGAAGUCAGAUUGAAGAGAAUUUACCAAUUCGGGAACGAAAUGGUGGCCUUUUAGAGAGUGUGUUCUGCCAAUAUCGAAGAUGUCGGCUGAGAGAGGUUCCACUGUUCGUCUUUUUCUACCUUGUGUCUGCAUUUAAAAAUUGUAUUCUUUUACCCAGGCAGUUGUUCCAGAAAAGAAAGUACGUAAGAGUUGCUACAGGCAGACCCAUAUUCCAAAAAUCGGGUGUUAUGAUGGUCACCUGAACUAAAAAAUAUUAAUUUUUAUACACUCUUUUCUGGGACGUCCUGUAUCUCUAACAAAUUUUCAUGAAUGAUGGCUUUUAUUUGGUAGUUGGACAGUCCAGGUAAUUUUCAAAGGAAAUGUAAUUUCUUUUACAAAUAAAACACCUGUCAUAUUAAGA